AUGGCAGACACUGAAGCGCCACUAGAACGUCAACCGCUCCUCCAUUCCGUCCAUGUCGCUGCAACGGAGGUGUAUCCUGUCAUUCAUAUGAUUAGACAUGUGAGUGAUACUCCUUUGACACACGAGGCGCUUACGGCUCCAGACCUGACCUACACCCUGGUUCGACCUCUCCUUGAAAAGUAUGGCACCAUACAGCGACAAGGGAACAUGUCCGUGGUCUUCUGUCUACUCUUGAACCGCGUCUACUUCUUCCGCGACGGACACCUGGCUACCGCUGCUCUUUCUCGCACGCGGGCCGACUUCUGCGAGAUUUUAGCCAUUCGUGCGCUGAGAGAGCACGCGGAGGACAUGUUGGAGCUCGCGCUCGUUUUAACUACGAGUUGGUCUGUAUAUUCUGGUGCCCCAUCGGCUGUUCUGGACCGCGCACGUGAAGAAUACGACGACGAUCUCGAGGAUCGUGUCGGAAACGCCAUAGAGAUGGCUAUUCUGAGCCAAGCGAAACGCUUCAUCAAAAGCUCGCCAUGCCAGAAGGUCAUUGAUGGUAUCUGGAGCGGGAAAAUCGUGUAUCAGGCGGAAAGCAUUCGUUCAAUCCUCUCAGAUACUUACAAGCGUAACCCUAUACACUUCUAUGACCCGCACAAGGCACCCCUCUUAGACCAUUACCGACUCAAAGUACCCGCAAUACGUUCAGUCCUAGAGUACACGAACUUCCUUGUCCUGUUCAUCCUUUUUAUAUGCGCUAUCGAGUUCAAUGAGCUGGAUGGCAUAAAUACAGCCGAGAUAGUCUUUAUGGUAUAUGCGCUAGGUUUCACUCUGGAGAAGGUUGCCGCUAUGCAAGAACAUGGAAUCAAAGUAUACUUCAAGGGUACAUGGAACGGCUUCGAUCUCGCUUUUGUAACGCUAUAUUGCACUUACGCCGUGAUGAGAUUGGUUGGAGUGUAUGACGACAGGCGUUGGGCGAGGGAAAUGGGCAACAACUGUCUUGCGUUGAUAGCCGUGCUGAUGUUCCCGAGGUUGGCGUUCGUGACUUUCAAGGACAACGUCAUGGUGCUGUCAUUACGUGCCAUGAUAAUCCAGUUUGUCGUCCUCAUGAUGAUCGCGGCGUUCUGUUUUGGAGGCUUUCUGUAUGCAUUGUGGACGUUGGGCAAGGAUAAUGCGGGAUACAGUGCGGGGACUGUGGCUUGGUGGAUGCUUGACCUGUGGUUCGGAUUGGACGCUAGCGGCUUUGACAACGCCUCCCACUUCCAUCCAAUAUUCGGUCCACUCCUGAUGAUCACAUAUGCGUGUUUGAGCAAUACUCUACUCCUGACCGGUAUGUUCUCCCAGAUUCUAUCCCACACUUUCUCUACCAUCAAUGACGAUGCAUCGGCGGAGGCAAUGUUUCGUCGCGCGGUGUCAACGAUUGAAGGGGUGAAGGCAGACUCGCUAUUCUCCUACCAACCACCAGUCAACCUCGUCGCUCUCUGCCUUAUGUAUCCCGCGAGCUACAUACUCACACCUCGCUGGUUCCACAAGGUCAAUGUGUUUAUGAUCCGACUCACGAGCUUCCCAAUCCUCAUCUGUAUCGCGAUCUAUGAGCGACAAGCGAAGCAGACUGGAACUUUCACCUUCUACGAGACGGUAUCCGCUGCAGCUGAGAAACUCUUCGACACAUUGCCUAGACACCUCAAGCGAUUGACGCUAUUCGAGGGCUUAUCAGGACCGGAUGCUGACAUUGACGCGAUCUUUGAGCUAGAGGAAGAGCUUGAAGAGAGCGCGUUGGACAUGGAGGAAACCGACUCCGUUCCGCCCAUCGGUAUCACCCCUCGUCGCGUCUCUCAGGCAUCACGCAGGCGUCCGUCCGGGGCAUCUAUUCGCCAGAUGCGCCGAACCCCAUCGUCCGCAGGCCACUCCACCCCACCUCGCUCCCCUUCCCCGCACAAAGCGGAGCUCCCGGAGCCAGGUCCCUCAACCUCGCCACAAAGCCAAACUCGAGCACAGCAGCCCCCGCAGCACAUACCGCUCCCGCGCGCGCGGCUGAACUCCAUCGUCACGCGUGGACUCGACGUCGCGCAGGCAGCCGCAAGCCCGCUCGCGCAGAUCUUCCAGCCGCUCAUCGUGGACGACGACAUCGUCCCCGAGGCGCAGGCGCAGAUCCCCGUCGACGGCUCCGGCGCACACCCCGGCCCCGGCGAGGGCCACGGCGGAGCGCCUGCCCCGGCCCCAGGCGCGCUCGUGAGCUACGGGCCCGCGACGCGCCGCAGGCUCAUGUCGCUGCACGCAGCGCCGUCCCCGCCCAGACGCAUGCGGACCUACUCCGUCGCGGCGCACGGGCCGCACGUGCACAGGCCGGACGCGUAUGGCGCAACGGGGGAGAGCAGCACCGCUCUCCGAAGGUUCCCAACCCACAGCAGCCCGCAGUCGCGUUCGCAUCUCGGCCUGUACGCGGCUGCUCCGCUGUCUACGAGCCCGGACGACGGGCGCGGGAGCCUGUCAGAGCAGCCGGAGGAGGCGGAGAGAGGCCGGUCCCCGGGGCCGCACGAGACGGCGGCCCAGGUGGAGAGCGAGGGCAACUCGGAGGGGUCGGAGUGGGAGCGUCGGUUGGCGAGCAUCGAGGACAGGCAGAAGCGGAUCGAGGAUAUUCUUGUGGAGAUCUCGAGGAAUCUGAGGCGCGGAGGCGGCGAGUCGACUUGACGCUGACGGUGGAGGGUUUUCUGAAUCGACUCUGAGGCAUGUCUUGAACCGGGUUGUAUUCAGCCAGCCAUCUUGCUCCUGAGUUCAAAACAGUCUUGCAUCAGCUGAGGCACAUGCAUGAGCGGACCCCCGAUGUGCUCUUGAGUCCAUCAGGACAAUACGACCUCCCUGAGAGGUUGGUGUUCAACUGCGCCUGUCCGAGUACUCCAAGUGCAGCCAUUGCGACCGAAUCGUCACACACGAUAGAUGUUCUCCGCAAGCUCCCGCGGUCCCGAUCAUGGACCGCCCGGAUAAUAGCGGACUCGAAGCAUGCACGACAUCCCAGCGAAGUCGAGAUCCUCGCUUCCAGAGAGUAUUAUAGAGGCCGCGGUAUAUAGAACCGAAACUGACACAAUUCCACGCCGU